AUGAGCGGCACUUCCCCCACGUCACAGCCGCGCAUUCUAGUCGCAGGCGCCGGCAUCGGUGGCCUAACAACAGCCCUCGCACUACACGCCGCCGGCUUCACAGAUAUUCACAUAUUCGAGGCGGCGUCAUCCUUGACAAGCCUGGGGGUGGGCAUCAAUGUCCAGCCGUCAGCGGUCCUCAUUCUGCGGAACCUUGGUCUUCUGGCAUCUCUGGAGAAAAUCGGGGUCGAGACGCAAGAGCUGAACUUCUACAACCGCCAUGGAGACAGCAUCCUAAGUGAACCACGAGGCAAGCGCGCCGGCUAUGCGGUACCACAGUUCAGCGUCCAUCGAGGCGAAUUCCAGCUUCUACUUCUGGAAGCGGUCAAGGAACGGCUUGGCAGCGAGAGAAUACAUCUGGGACAUGCUUUGGGGUCUUGGGACCAGACCGACGGCGGGGAUUCCAUCACCGCACAUUUCGUUCGCCGCGAUCGGCCUGCACGAGCAGUCAACGGAGCCGGAAGUGCAAACAUUGAGCCGGCCGGAGGGGCCCUCGAGAUCCCCAUCAUGGCUGGCUCCCUGCUCAUCGCGGCUGACGGCAUCAACAGCACAGCUCGUCGCUUGCUGUACCCAGACGAGGGACCACCGCGCUUCUCUGGUCGAAUCCUGUGGCGCGGCUGCACCGAGAGGUCACCAUACCUCACUGGCGCGAGCAUGAUAUGGGCAGGACACGCCAACCAAAAGUUCAUUGCGUACCCCAUAGGCAGACGCGGAUUGAACGGUGAGAAGUCACUGGUCAACUGGAUCGCCGAGCUGCGGGUUCGCGAGGAGGGAGAUCCAGAUACCACCCCGCCAGUCACGGACUGGACCAAGUCUGUGGACAAGAACAUAUUCCAAGGCCCAUUUGAGGGUUGGACGUGUGGUGGUCUCAAGAUGGUGGAGGACUUGAUAGCGCCAACGGAACACGUCUUUGAGUUUCCAAUGUGCGACCGUGAGCCAGUCGAAAGAUGGAGUUUCGGCAGGAUGACUCUGCUUGGCGAUGCCGCCCAUGCGAUGUACCCCAUCGGUAGCAAUGGUGCCACGCAGGCCAUCAUUGACGCCGAGACGUUGGCUUUGUGUCUUUCUGAAAGUGUCGACAACAUACCAGCAGCGUUAACAAAGUAUCAGGAGACAAGGCUCCCACCAACAGCCAAGAUAGUAUACGCGAACAGGGCAAACGGUCCGGAUCACGUGUUGCAGCUUGCGGAGGAGAGGGCGCCUGAUGGUUUCGAGGAUGUGUAUAGUGUCAUCCCGAAGGAAGAGCUGGAGUCCAUCGGCUCGAAGUACAAGGCUGUUGCCGGGUUCGAGAUGGACGCCGUCAAUGCAAGAGCAAGAGACACUGAGAAAUUGGCGGCUAGAUGGGGUUGA